AUGGUCAUCUCAGCUGAAGCCAAAACUGUUGCAAAGACUGGGAUGAUCCUCCUGGCCAGCGAGAUCACAUCCAGAGCGGCUGUUGACUACCAGAAAGUUGUGCGUGAUACAAUCAAACAUGUUGGUUAUGAUGAUUCUUCCAAAGGUAAGUGCCUCCAGCCACUUGAUUUGAUUACUGCCUUGGAGCAGCAGUUUCCUGAUAUUGCCCAGGGAGUCCAUGUAGACAGGAAUGAAGAGGAUAUUGGUGCUGGGGACCAGGGCUUGAUGUUCAGUUAUGCUACAGAUGAAACUGAGGAGUGCAUGCCCCUGACCAUUGUCUUAGCACACAAGCUGAAUGCCAAGCUGGCAGACCUGCGUCGCAAUGGCACCUUGCCCUGGCUGCGACCCGACUCUAAAACUCAGGUAAGUGGAGCCCUGUCAUACACUGCAGUAAUGGGCAUGUACGAGAGAGCCUGGCUAUAGCAAGCCAAGAGCAGAAUGAAUUUCCGCCUUUGGGGAGUGGUGGACCAAUAAUGAAAUGACUCUAGUUUGUAUUCUCAGUCCUACU